AUGUCAUCCCCAACCCUCCACCCCUCCUUCCACCGCCUCCCCCUCUGGGUCCGCGAGAACCUCUCCCCCAAAGCCCUCUCCCUCCUCACCCGCGUCUGGACCUGGGUCGAGGAAGAAUGCAUCCCCGCCGAACACAUCUACAAAGCCCAACUCGCCGAGCCAGGUAAACAAUGGCAGCAUCCACCGAUCAUGUUGGAGUUGAGGGAACGGGCGAAGCGGGAAGGGUUGUGGAAUCUGUUCUUGCCGAAGCACUUUGGGGAGUUGAGUCCCGGGUUGACGAAUUUGGAGUAUGCUACUAUGGCGGAGGUUAUGGGGAGGUGUUAUUGGGCGGCGCAGACGAUGAAUUGCCAUGCGCCUGACACUGGUAACAUGGAACUAUUGGCCAAGUACGCAUCCUCAGAGCAAAAGGAGAAAUACCUCAUGCCUCUUCUACGUGGCGAGACCUUCUCCUCGUAUAGCAUGACAGAGCCGGAUGUUGCGGCCUCUGAUGCCACCAACAUUGCCUGUCGCAUCACACCAGAUCCUGACGACCCAGACUACCUCCUCAUCAACGGGAGGAAGCUCUACGGUACCGUAGCAAACAACAAAGAUCUAGGCUUCUACAUCCUCAUGGGCUGCAGCGAUCCCGAGAACCCAGAUCCAUGGAAACGACACACUACGGUGAUCGUACCAAAAGGAACACCAGGCCAGCACUUCGUUCGGAAUUUGACCAUCAUGGGCUACCCCAUGCCGCCCGAAGGCCACGGCGAAUUCAUCUACACCGACGCCCGCAUCCCGCGCUCUAACAUCAUCCUCGGCCCCGGCCGCGCCUUUGAAAUCGCCCAAGGCCGUCUCGGACCCGGUCGAAUCCACCACUGCAUGCGACUCAUCGGCGCCACCGAACGCGCCUACGAACUCGCCUUGAUCCGCGCCACCGACACCCGCUUCACCCCUCGCGGCAAAACUCUCGCUUCCUUCGACUCCAACCUCGAACGCCUGGCGGACAUGCGCAUGACCCUCGACUCAUUGCGGCAAGUGGUCAUGAACGCCGCCCACACAAUGGACGUGCAGGGUAACAAAGCGGGGACGUAUGCUAUCGCACAGAGUAAAGUCUUGGUUCCGAGGGGUUGCGCGAAGAUCAUCGAUGAGUGUAUGCAGAUGUAUGGCGGGCAGGGACUCACGCAGCAUACGGUGUUGCCGGAGAUGUGGACGUAUGCCAGGUUUGUGAGGGUUGCGGAUGGACCGGAUGCGGCGCAUCGGCAUCAGGUGGGGAGGGGGGAGGUGAAGGGUGUUGAGGAGCGGAGGGAGAGGGUUAGGGGGUUAUGA